UUGAGCCCAGCUAGCCUCCCCAAGAACCACUGCAUCGAGUCUCAGCUUGAGAAAGAGAGGUAGAGACACAUACACUUACACACUUAGUCACCUGCACCUACAGUUCACAGUUGGAGAGAAAUGGCGUACUUCCCAAUUAUCAACAUGGAGAAACUGAACGGUGAAGAGAGAGCAGCCACCAUGGAGAUCUUAAAAGAUGCUUGUGAGAACUGGGGAUUCUUUGAGCUGUUGAAUCAUGGGAUCUCUCACGAGUUGAUGGACACCGUCGAGAGGCUGACUAAAGGGCACUACAAUAAGUGUUUGGAGCAGCGGUUCAAGGAUUCGGUGGCAACCAAGGCUCUUGAAGGGGUCCAGAAGGAGAUUACAGACAUGGAUUGGGAGAGCACCUUCUUCUUGCGCCACCUCCCUGCGUCCAACUUGUCGGAGAUCCCGGAUCUUUCCGACGAAUACAGGCAAGCCAUGAAGGAAUUUGUGGUGAAAUUGGAGAAGCUAGCCGAGCUACUCUUGGACUUGCUCUGUGAAAAUCUUGGGCUGGAGAAAGGGUACCUCAAGAAGGCUUUCUACGGGUCUAUAGGACCCACCUUCGGCACCAAGGUAGCUAACUACCCUCCCUGCCCGAGCCCAGAGCUGAUCAAGGGCCUCCGGGCUCACACCGACGCCGGCGGCAUAAUUCUGCUCUUCCAGGACGACCAGGUCAGUGGACUCCAGCUCCUCAAGGACGGCGAGUGGGUAGACGUGCCCCCGAUGCGCCAUUCCAUUGUGGUCAACAUCGGUGACCAACUGGAGGUGAUCACCAACGGAAAAUACAAAAGCGUGGAACACCGGGUGGUCGCCCAGACCGACGGUAACAGGAUGUCUAUCGCAUCAUUCUAUAACCCCGGUAGCGACGCAGUGAUCUACCCGGCCCCAGAAUUGGUGGAAAAAGACGCAGAAAAGACAAAGCAAGUGUACCCCAAGUUCGUAUUCGAGGACUACAUGAAGCUGUAUGCGACGGUGAAGUUUCAGCCCAAGGAACCCAGGUUCGAGGCCUUCAAGAACAUGGAGGCUGCCGCUAACUUAGGCCCCAUUGCAACAGCUUAAGAAUAAGAGCUUUCAGCUAGCUUUGACUGCAGGGAUCAUCUCAUCAGCUUAUGUGUCUGUCUGCUUUAUCUUGUUCCGUAAGCGUGUUGUAUGUGUUUGUGGUUGUCAUCAAAUGCCUGCCUUUGUAUGUUUGCUUGGUGUUUCUAUAUUAUUCAAGUCAUAACUUCACAAGUUAA